UAAUUCUUAUGAAAUCAACAUCUGAUGUUGCAAGUUCCUGUCUUAUUCAAGCAAUUAAACCCGAAAGAAAUUUUAAAAAAACUGAUUUAUUAGAAUUUUUAAUUAAAAGAGUUGAUAAAGGGGCUUUAAAAAAUGCAUUAGAUCAUUAUAAAGUUGGAUUCAAGUUUAAUGCUGAAUCAAUCAAAACAACAAAGAAAAUUAGAUCAUUAACAGUCCAUUCAAAUCUCUAUUAUUGGAUACUUAAAAAAUAUGGUCCGAAUUCUGAAGUAACUCAGAAAUGUUUUGAUGACAUUAUUGAGUCUAGAAUUUGGGUAGAUUUAAAAUUACAGAAAACUCCAGACAGAGAAGUUCCGGAGGGACUGACUAUCGGCGCCUUUAAUUCUAUUUGCUCAAUUUAUCUCGAAUUCUGUAAUGAAAAGGUUCCAUUCAAAGCGAAUAUUUUGCAAUAUUUACAAUUGAUUAAUAAUUAUGAAAUAAUAAAUCCAUUUUUUAACUAUUGUAUUUGGUAUACAAUUAAUAGAGGAAUUACCUUUGACGAUUAG